GGAGAAAAAGAAACACAGUCUGAGGAGACAAUCGAGAGGGAGAAGGGAGGCAAGAGUUUAUUAGGUAAUGGAAGAGGAGAAAGCAGCGGCAUACUACGAGGAGCUGACGCGGAAAGGCGAAGGAGCAGCUCGUUUCAAGCAAGGCCUCGGCUUCUCCUCCGACGCCGUUCCGCCGGAGAGAGGCUCAGCGAUCGCAUCCUCCUCUUCGUUUCUCAGCCACUUCGUCAAAGCUUCCUCCAACCCUAAACCCACCGGAAACGAUUCGGAGAUCCGAUCAAUCAGAGAUAAGUUGAAGAAGAAUAAUAAACCUGAAGAUGAGCAUCAUCAUCAUUCUAGGGUUUCGGAUAGGAGCCACAGAGACUCGCGUCGUCAUCGGAGGGAUGAGAGAGAGAGAAGGAGAAGCAGGAGUGCAGAUAGGCGUAGUAGUAGUAGGUUUGGGGAUAGAGAGAGACGAAGGCGUAGGAGCAGGAGCAGGAGCAGGAGCCAGAGUAGGAGUUCGUCACCGAGGAGGGAACGAAGGAGGAGAGAAGAAGAUGCCAAGGAGAAGAAGAAGAAGAUUGAUUAUUCGCGCUUAAUCAAAGGCUACGAUGAUAUGUCAGCUGCUGAAAAAGUGAAGGCCAAGAUGAAGCUCCAGCUUGAUCAAACUGCUGAGAAAGACACCAGUAAGGGUGCUGGAUGGGAACGAUUUGAGUUUGACAAAGAUGCUCCACUUGAUGAUGAGGAAGUAGAAGAAGGUACCGAUGAUGACGCUGCCUUAGUCAAACGCAUGGGACAGAGCUUUAGGUUUAAUGCCAUCGAGUCGAAAAGAGAAGAGCAACUUAAAGACGCCCACGAUGAAGCCAUGUUUGGAGCACCCACAGGCCAUACUCUUAUUGGUAACAACGAGGAUGAUGGUACAGAGACAACUAAUAAGCAAGACAUUGAAGGAGAAAAUAACAGUGGCGCCGCCGCCGUAAGUCUUGUUAGCGAAAAGGUGCUCGCAAAACAGCAAGGAUCUUGGCGUGACCGAGCUCGCAAGUCAUGAAUCCCAGUGAAAGUCAAGAAACACUGUAGUAGUUUAUAGAUGUUGAUCCUCUGUACUGUUGAAUUUCUUUUAUUUUAUAGAAAUUUUGUUGAUGUGAUUAAAGAGGAUUUUAUUUGAAACUUCGACACUAUUUCCUAGUUUUAUUUUCUGAUUUAUUUGAUCAAGUGGGAAAAUAUAAUAUGAAAAUGUAAAUCGUCUAA